AUGGGUACCGUCUCGGAACCACCAGUAGUCCUUUUCGACUACCAGUUCGCGCCAAACGCACAGAAGGCGAGAAAUCUCUUGAGCAAGUGUGGCAUUCCUUUCAAGGUCUGCGAACAGCCAUUUGUAAUGCCCCGGCCCAUCCUUGCGGAUCUCGGAAUCACAUACAGAAGAAUUCCGGUCAAUGCCAUCGGGCGUGAUCUGUAUGCAGAUAAUCACGUCUUCCUCGAAGCAGUCCAGAGUGCCUUCCCAGAGAAGGCAGCGGCGCUAGUCAAAAGUCCGGCUGACCAUGCGUACGAGGCCUUCGGCUACCGCACCUUCUGGAUCUGUCUCCCACUCGUUCCAGAAAAGCUGAUGAGCGAAGAGUUUUUGAAGGACAGGGCUGAGCUCUUCUCAGUGUUCAAUCGCCCCGACUACAAGGAAUUGCGGCCGAGUGCGUUGGCCGAGUUCCGUCAAAUGCUCGAUCUUGUAGAGAACGACUUCCUGGCGCGAGGGCCUUGGAUCGGCGGAGAGAAGUGCUCCAUUGCCGACGUUCAUGCAAGUUGGAUGAUCAAGUUUGUCUUGCAAACUUUGGACGUAAAAAGCGAGCCAGGCUUUUCAGAGAGAAAUUUCCCCAAGGUUCAUGCUUGGAUCAAUGGUCUCCCUCUCCACGCUCCCGAGAAGGAUGCCGAGAAGAUCAGUGCGGACGACGCCAAACAGAAGAUCUUGAAUUCCGCCUAUUCCGCGAAGGACAUCGGCAUAGACUCCGCAGACCCCUCAGGUCUACAAGCAGGCGUGAGAGUCGCUAUAGGCACAACCGACGAUGCUAAACCUGGUGGCAGACCACAAGAAGGUAAAUUGGUGGGCCUCAGCAGAAGCGAAGUAGUCAUCGAGCUUGAGAACAGUAUCCGACUGCACUUUCCCCGGCUUGGGUUUGUGGUCAAGACGGCUUGA